AUGAGCGGACGAGAAGAAGAUCCGAAGCCGCCUCGCAUCCAAUCGUGCUCGCGUCUGCGGUAUCGCAGCUCGCAAGAGACGCGUCACCCGACGACCGCUGCCACCAUCUCACUCGCCCAGCGAACACUGAAGUCAGUACCGAUCGGGCCGCGUGAUCACCAUGUUACAAAGUAUACACAAUCACCUGCAUCGAAAGAUCACGAAGAAAUCCUAUACCACGAGAUGUCUACAAACGAAGAUCCAGUUGAGCCAAUAAAUGACGUCAAAAGCACUGGAAUUACUUCUGGGAGUAGUUGUGCAGACAGAUCACCGGCUGCCCAAAGCUCUAUGUCACCGAACCAUCAGACGCAUCCUAGAGCUGUUUUGGACCAGGAAAUGUUGGACGACCUUGCUACCAUCACUCAAACAACUUUGUCUCUCACAAACAACUUGCCACCAGAAUUUCCACAGGCUACUGAACAAAACGCCGAAAAAAAACACAAGAACUUAUGGCGGUUUAUUUUACCACCGGAAUAUGAUCCUCAUGAUACAAGAUGGACAUUGAAAUAUCCUCAACAUUUGCCAGGACUCGUAGAACUUAUGCCUCAAACCGGUAUUUACGUCAGCUGCGGAGACCUUAAGUACUGUCAGCUAGUUUCAAAAGAUUGUAAAUCAUUAGCGCGACGACUGCUUACAGAAGUCUUCAACAGAAAAGCACUAAGCGUUUGUUUAUCAAUGAGUGAGAAAGCGCAAGAUUCUAAUAACGUUGGCUCUAAUGUAAGACCAGGAUUAGAUGAUCAUGCGAGUAUAGUCCUGUUAAAUUUCGUUUUAGAUCAUGGACUCCAACAUGGUUGGAAUACUGACCUACAACCUAUCCUCAAUACUUUACACAGUAAAAUUCAAGAGAUUCGGUUCAAUACGGUG